AUGCAGUGGCUCGACUAUACUGCGACAACUCGUGUGCGUAUGUUUCCAGUGGAGGAAUUCGCUCGCAUUGCUCGCAAAGAACGCCGCGUAGGGAUCUCCCAAGCGGCCUGUUGCAUGUUACAUGAUGACACCGUUCUUUCGCGAGGAUCCACUACAGGUCAAUUUUACUUGGAGCCAGACUUGAACAGUCUAUAUCGCAACGGAGGACUACCAUCAACAACCGCACCAAGUGCAUCCGUCAUGACAUUCUGGCGAUCAGAAGAGGGUCUGACAUUUGAGGGUUGUCCAAGAAGUACUCUCCAGAGCAUCGCGGACAAUAUCCACACCGAACACAAGAUCCAAUUGCAGUUUGGCUUCGAAAUCGAAGUAGUCUUCAUGAAGGCAAUUAGAGAUCAAAACACAGGCCACAUCACUGAGUAUAGCCCGGCCACAACCAUUCACUCCUGGUCGCAAAUGACCUCUGAGACGCGACAGCUCGUUCCCCUCCUCGAAGAAAUCACUCGCACGCUAGCUUCCAUGGGCAUCAAACUACAACAAUUCCACGCCGAGUCUGCGCCCGGUCAAUUCGAAUUCGUUCUUCCUCCCGAUACCCCUCUUGCUGCUGUAGAUUCACUGAUAGCCGCUCGACAAGUGAUCACCGCCGUCGCAGAACAGCACGGCCUUCGCGCGACGCUGUAUCCGUGCCCUAUUCCCGGUGAAGCCGGCAGUGCGGCACACGCCCAUAUCUCCAUCAACCCACCUACCCUUGAAGACGCAUUUCUCGCUGGUAUUCUCGAUUACUUCCCAUCCAUCACUGCCUUUACUCUCUCCUCGGAAGCAAGCUAUGAGCGAGUGCGUUCCGGCAUCUGGGCCGGCUCCGAAUGGGUCGCUUGGGGCUUCCAGAACCGCGAAGCGCCCGUUCGAAAAAUCGGACCCGGUCACUGGGAGUUCAAGUCUUUAGAUGGGUCGGCGAACAUGUACUUGGCUAUGGCCGCUCUUCUCGCAGCCGGCAAGAUAGGGCUAGAUGCGAAUUUAGAUUUAAGGGUGAAGGAAUGUACCGUGGACGCAGCGACCUUGAGUCAUUUCCAGCGGGUUGAUCUCGGUAUCACGACGAUGAUUCCUAAGUCUUUGGAGGAAAGUCUAGAUCACCUUGAGGCGUCUUCCUCGAAUACUUUGAAAGAUCUUCUGGGGACUGAGCUUGUGAAGAAUUAUGUUACUGUGAAGCGUGCCGAAAUCGUGCGUUUGAGGGAGAUCCCGGAGGAAACGCGUCGGCUGUGGCUGUUGGAGCGCUAUUAG